UAAUUUGCCUCUCUUUCUUCCCUGUAUAUAAGCUAACUCAAAUCGGCCGCUUCUUUCAUCAAUUAUCCUUUCAUCUCGAUCUUUAACUCUCUUCCUCUGCUCAUAAUUCCUGUGCAAUCCAGACCUCAACUUUACUCUACAAAUACAUAUCUAUCUUGAUAUUGCGGGCAAACCAAUCAAGAUUAUUACGAGGUUUAGAUGGAGCAGCAUAUCCAGCAAGAAAUUGGUCAAAUUCCAUUUGGUGAACAUGGUAUUUGUUUGGAGAAGUGGAAAUCCUUAUCAUCUGCAAUGGAUGAGGCUGAUAACAAUCCGAUUGAAGGUUUUGACUGUCAUAUUUGCCUAGAUCCAGUGCAGGAUCCGGUGGUUACAUUCUGUGGUCAUCUCUAUUGUUGGCCUUGCAUAUACAAAUGGAUUCAUUCCCAAACUGUUGUCUCUGAGGAUACUGAAGAACAUAAACACCCGCAGUGCCCUGUCUGCAAGGCUGAGGUUUCGGAGAAAACUUUGAUUCCACUCUAUGGUCGCGGCCUAGCAGCCAAACCAUCAGAUUGCAAGGCUGCAAAUCUUGGCAUAGCCAUACCCCAGAGGCCUCAAAGCCCGAGAUGUGAUGGGCCCGUUCUGUUACCAACCACAACCACCACCCCUCGCCAUCACAGUCGUCAUUCUGACAGCUAUAUUGGACCGCCCAUGCUGAACCUUGGUGGCACGACAGGUGAAAUGGUUUACACGAGGAUGUUUGGGAACUCGGCUGAGACAACCUUGUACUCAUAUCCAAACUCCUAUAAUCUAUCAGGUAGCAGUAAUUUAAGGAUGAGAAGGCAAAUGAUGAAUGCUGAUAGAUCACUCAGCAGGAUAUGUUUUUUCCUUUGCUGUUGCUUAGUAUUGUGUCUUCUCUUGUUCUGAUCAGUACAGUGAUCACCAUACCCUUCUGCUGCUCCUUGUAACUUUGUAAAAAUCCCUUUAUCUGUAUACCAUGAAAUCAAUGUAACAUAUGAGAGCCCCUGCAUCUUGGUUCAAAGUAUUUCUCAACUUUCAAUCAAA